UUUCUUUUUCCUCAUUUUCUCAUACUCUCCUCUUGCGGGUGUUCAUCAGAAAUUUCCGAUUUUGUUCUCUCUCAUUUCGUGCCUCUCGACGUUCCUCCAGCUUAAAUUGCGAGCUAUACCAUUGGGCUGAAUUCUGAAUUGAAGACUGAGCUAUCAGCAUCCUUAACGUCUUCUGCGUAUAUACUUUUGGAGGCUCAUUGUACGUACAUGCCUACGUAUCCUGUUCAUCAGCACCUUAACGGAGGAUCGAAGUAAGAGUCCCAACAGUGUUAGGAUAGUAAUGGGGUGUUUCCCUGGUCUUAAGAGCAAGAAGAAACGCCUUAGUGAGCCACCGGUUCACACUAACCGGUUUGAUCAUGAGGAACAGAGACCAACCGCUCUACCUGAGCCACCUAAGGCUCCCACCCGAACGCUGCAGUCAGCUCCUCCAAGUUUCAGAACAAGGGUGAAGCCGAUUCAGUUUAGCAGUGGCAGUGGCAGUGGCAGUGGCAGUGGCAGUGGGUGUACCGCUGAGAUGAGUAGCCGGACAAGGGCGCUGUCUGCCCCAUCAAGCCUUCAUGGGGCUGCGGAACGCGACACACUUGCUACAGUUUGCCAUGACGAGCAAGAGGAGCUGAGAGGUCACCGUGCCAAAGACCAGCCAAAGUCGUCUAGCCCACAACCUCUUCCAUUGCCAUCUCCACAGGCUGGUUCUGUCUUGAAGAAUUUGGGGAGCUUUAAAUCAGUUAAUGCCAGCGGUCCGUUGUAUGCCUCUGGGCCUUUGCCAUUGCCGCCAAGUGGGUCAGUUAGAAGCUUCUCUUACGAAGAUGUCAUAGCUGCUUGCAGCAGUUUUUCUUCAGACCGUUGUAUUUCAGAAGGUCUCUCGUCUGUUAUGUAUAUGGCUUCAUUUGGCGAUGAUGCUGGGAACUCCAAGAAGGUCGAGGCAACUGUUGUUCGCCUUCACCCAACCAAUCAGAGUAUUAGGGAGUUUAUAAACGAAGUGAACACGUUAGCAUCACUGCAGCACCCGAAUCUCUGCAAGUUGCUGGGGUAUCAUGCCCACGAGGGAUCUGAACCCAGAAUGUUGGUGUAUGAGAGGCUUGCUCACGGGAGCUUGGACCGGUUGUUGUAUGGGAGAUCAGACGGGCCUCCGCUUGAUUGGAACACCAGAAUGAAGAUUGCUCUGUGUGCUGCACAGGGUCUAAUGUUCUUGCAUGAGGAAGGGCCGUUCCAGGCAAUGUAUAAUGAGUUCUCAACAGCCAAUAUUCAAGUCGAUAAAGAUUUCAGUGCGAAGCUAUCCGGCUAUGGUUGUGCAGGUCAUGCACCCGAGGGGGAGGCCUCUACCAGCUCCGCUGCACUUGCAAAUCUGUCAGUGGAGACACUAGAGAGAGGUGUGUUGACGCCAAAGAGCAAUGUAUGGAGCUUUGGAGUGGUUCUUCUGGAAGUACUGACGGGGAGGAAGAACAUGGACGGCCGUUACCCCAAGGAAGAGAGGAACUUGGUGAAAUGGAGCAGAGCCUUUCUGGCUGACGACUGCAGGCUCUCUCUGAUAAUGGACCCUCAGCUGAAGGGCCGGUUUCCCGCCAAAGCCGCCAGGAGUGUGGCUGACAUCGCCCAGAAAUGCCUGCAGGUCGAGCCGUCGGAGAGGCCUACCAUGAGGAACAUUGUGGAGAAUCUCAAGAUAAUACAGGACAUGAAGUACUCGUGCAGGUUCCCACUUCGAGAGCCUGUGCCACCUGUGGUGUCUGGGAAAUACAUGUCGAGAUCUAGCAGCCUGAAUACGAUAGUGGUUAACCCGAUGGCUCAGGCAAGGACAAGUUUCUCGCCAUCGCCGCCACCGGGGUCAUCGGGAAUGAGGCGGCUAUCGGUGUCUCCAAGUAGGAGUCGAGGUCAAGCACUGCCAUUGAUGCUUCCACCGCGGGCAUGUUCAUCGGGUUUAACCUUAGACGAUCUCGACCGAGAAGAGGUUCGGAGGGCGUCAUCGGCCAGCGCUAGGAGGGCUAGCGUGGAAGGGUUUUGAUCUGUUGAUGCGAGUGUGGCUUCUUGUUUUUUUUUUUUGCUCCCUUAUUUGUGUUUGAUUUGUUAUGUUAUAACGUAUAAAGAAGAGAUGAGAAUGUGAUUUGUUUGUUGUUUUUUUUCUUUGUUAUAUUAAAAGUUAAAAGAUGUCAAUUAA